UCUGGUUGUCCCGCAAGGACCAAGGGUGGAAGUACUUUGUGGCCUUCCAUGCAUAGGUGGUUUGGAAUGCUGGAUCCCAACUCUGAACCUCAGCCGAGGCCACUGCUGUCAAUUCACAGCCCUGCGUUCCAGGCGCGGGGCAAAGUGGCAGCGGUGGGCUGGGGUGGGGGGCGGUCAGAGGAGAUGUGUGCUAGGAACAAUUUUGCUCUAUCCCUCGGGGAUUGUCUACAAUUAGAUCCAGUCAUGUUGUGGGGUCUGGAAUUCAGGAAAGAUUCUGAGGACGAAGUAGCAGAUGGGCAAGAUUUCGUUUGGGAGAAUUGAGAGAAUAAAGAAUGGGCAUUCCGAGCCAAGAGAACUGUAUGAGCAAGGAGGUGGGGAGUUUGCAUAUUCCUCGAACAGGGAGUAUCAGGAGCUAAGCCAUGAAAGGUUUUGAUUAUGCUCCAGGGCCUGUAAGGUUUGGUGUUUCCCUUUCAAGAUGCCACUUUCAGAAUUUAUUCUGGCUCUGAAGGACAAUCCCUACUUUGGGGCUGGUUUUGGGCUAGUGGGUGUGGGCACAGCCCUGGCCCUGGCCCGGAAAGGUGCCCAACUGGGGCUGGUGGCAUUCCGGCGCCAUUACAUGAUCACCCUGGAAGUCCCUGCUCGAGACAGGAGUUACGCCUGGUUACUUAGCUGGCUUACUCGUCAUAGUACCCGUACUCAGCACCUUAGUGUCGAGACUUCGUACCUUCAGCAUGAGAGUGGCCGCAUUUCCACCAAGUUUGAAUUUGUACCCAGCCCUGGAAACCACUUUAUUUGGUAUCAAGGGAAAUGGAUCCGGGUAGAACGAAGUCGAGAGAUGCAGAUGAUAGACUUGCAGACAGGGACUCCUUGGGAAUCCAUUACCUUCACAGCCCUGGGCACUGACCGAAAGGUUUUCUUCAACAUCCUGGAAGAAGCUCGAGAGCUAGCCUUGCAGCAGGAAGAAGGGAAGACUGUGAUGUACACAGCUGUAGGCUCUGAAUGGCGCCCCUUUGGCUAUCCCCGCCGGAGGCGGCCACUGAGUUCUGUGGUUCUACAACAGGGUCUGGCUGACCGAAUUGUCAGAGACAUCCGGGAAUUCAUCGAUAAUCCCAAGUGGUACACUGACAGAGGCAUUCCCUACAGACGUGGCUACCUCCUUUAUGGGCCCCCUGGUUGUGGCAAGAGCAGUUUUAUCACAGCCCUGGCUGGGGAAUUGGAACACAGUAUCUGCCUGCUGAGUCUCACAGACUCCAGCCUCUCUGAUGACCGGCUCAACCACUUGCUGAGUGUGGCUCCACAGCAGAGCCUAGUGCUCCUGGAGGAUGUGGAUGCAGCUUUUCUCAGCCGAGACUUGGCUGCAGAGAACCCAGUAAAGUACCAAGGUUUAGGUCGCCUAACCUUCAGUGGACUGCUCAAUGCCUUGGAUGGUGUGGCUUCCACUGAGGCACGUAUUGUGUUCAUGACCACCAAUCAUGUUGACAGGCUGGACCCUGCCCUGAUACGCCCUGGGCGAGUAGACUUGAAGGAGUAUGUGGGCUAUUGCUCACACUGGCAGCUGACCCAGAUGUUCCAGAGGUUCUAUCCAGGGCAAGCACCUUCUUUGGCUGAGGACUUUGCAGAACAUGUCCUUAAAGCUACAACUCAGAUCAGUCCUGCCCAAGUGCAGGGUUACUUCAUGCUGUAUAAAAAUGACCCUGUAGGGGCAAUUCACAAUGCUGAGUCUCUAAGGAAGUGAUCAGCCAGGAUGUGCUUAGUUCUCCCUCUAGGAAAUCAAUAAACACCUGCC